AUGAGCCAAAUACAGAGCAUGACAGAAAGGAACCAAACUCCCAUCUCAGAAUUCCUCCUCCUGGGCCUGCCCAUCCAGCCAGAGCACCAGAACCUCUUCUAUGCCCUGUUCCUUUCCAUGUAUCUUAUCACCGUCCUGGGGAAUCUCCUCAUCAUCAUCCUCAUUCACCUGGACUCCCAUCUGCACACUCCCAUGUAUUUGCUUCUCGGCAAUUUGUCCUUCUCUGACCUCUGCUUUUCCUCUGUGACCAUUCCUAAACUGUUGCAGAACAUGCAGAGUCAAGUUCCCUCCAUCCCCUAUGCAGGCUGCCUGACUCAAAUGUACUUCUUCCUGUGCUUUGCAGACCUAGAGAGCUUCCUCCUUGUGGCCAUGGCUUAUGACCGCUAUGUGGCCAUCUGCUUCCCCCUGCACUACACCACCAUCAUGAGCCCCAAGCUCUGUCUCUCCCUGGUGGUGCUGUCCUGGGUGCUGACCAUGCUCCAUGCCCUGUUGCACACUCUGCUUGUGGUCAGAUUGUCUUUCUGUUCGGACAACGUGAUCCCCCACUUUUUCUGUGAAAUAUCUGCUUUACUGAAGCUGGCCUGCUCCAACACUCAUGUCAAUGAAUUGGUGAUAUUUAUCAUGGGAGGACUUGUUAUUGUCACCCCAUUUCUACUCAUCCUUGGGUCCUAUGUACAAAUUUUCUCCUCCAUCCUCAAGGUUCCUUCUGCUCGUGGUAUCCACAAGGCCUUCUCCACCUGUGGCUCCCACCUCUCUGUGGUGUCACUGUUCUAUGGGACAAUUAUUGGUCUCUAUUUAUGUCCAUCAGCUAAUAAUUCUACUGUGAAAGACACUGUCAUGGCUCUGAUGUACACGGUGGUCACUCCCAUGCUGAACCCCUUCAUCUACAGCCUGAGGAACAGAGACAUGAAGGGAGCCCUAAGAAGAGUCUUAAGCGGCAGGCUGUUUACCCAGUAG